UACUUGUAGCUAGAGGAAGGUGUAAUUCUAUAAAUAGCUGAAUCACUUAAUUAGCUUGCACCACUAAAUAUCAAAAUCUUAUAGCUUUCUCAAACAAUUGUCAUAUGGCGGAAAAAACAAAUGGAGUUGCAAGAAUCCAUGAAGGAGACCAAGUUGAGUCUCAAGCUCAAGAGGAUAUAUGGAACUGCAUCCUUGGUUUCACUGAAAUGGCUGUAGCAAAAUGUGCUAUUGAAUUGGGGAUUUCUGAUUUCUUGGAAACCCAUCAAGAACCCAUCACCUUAAACCAAUUGUCCUCUGCACUUGGCUGCUCUUCUUCUUCCCUACAUCGGAUCAUGAGGUUCUUGAUUAAUAGGGGGAUAUUCAAAGAGGUAUCCAUUGGACAUGGCGAAAUGGGCUAUGUCCAAACACCGGUUUCUCGUCUGCUCAUGAGAAACGGAGGAAAUAGCAUGGCUGCUCUUGUCCUACUUGAAAGUAGCCCGGUCAUGCUUGCGCCAUGGCAUUAUCUCAGUGCCCGCGUUUUGGCAAAGGAAAAUACAGCAGCAUUUAGUGCAGCUCAUGGAAAGGACGUUUGGGAGUACGCCAAAAUCAAUCCAGAGCAUAGCAAGCUGAUAAACGACGCCCUGGCCUGCCAUGCACGGGUGACACUGCCUGCCAUUAUCGAUAAUUGUGCGGAGAUAUUCAAAGGGAUAGAGUCAUUGGUGGAUGUUGGGGGAGGUAAUGGUACAACUCUUGGUAUGUUGGUGAAGGCAUUUCCAUGGAUUAGUGGGAUUAACUUUGAUCUUCAUCAUGUUGUGUCUGUUGCUCCUCAUUGUCAUGGUGUUGUACAUGUUGAAGGGGAUAUGUUUAAUUCUGUUCCUAAUGCUCAUGCUGCUUUCCUCAUGAUGGUCUUACAUGACUGGGGUGAUGAGGAAUGCAUUCAAAUCUUGAAAAACUGCAUAAAGAUUAUUCCAAAAGACACAGGAAAAGUGAUAAUUGUUGAGGCAGUUCUUGAGGAGAAAAGAGGCAAUGACAAAAGUAUCAAGGAUGUUGGUUUUAUGCUAGAUAUGAUGCUGAUGGCUCACACAGCUAAUGGAAAGGAAAGAACUGCAAAAGAAUGGGCUCAUAUUUUUACUGCUGCCGGAUUCAGUAGGCACUCUAUUGUGGACCUUCCUGCUAUUGCAUCUGUUAUUGUGGCUUAUCCUUGAGUUGAAUCUUCUCUUAUAAUUUGUUUCUUGUUAUUUUGGGUUUGUUUGUUCUGUGUUUUUUUUUUUUUUUGAGUAUUUUUGGAUUAAUAUGGGAUAAUUUAUUUCGUAUUUUGAUUAUUGUUGUGUGUUAUGUCCCAUUGCUUGUUUAAUGUAAUUAUUUGAUUUUU